AUGUCUAAACUCUGGAUAGCAUUGACUUUAAUAUCCAUCACCUCUGGUUUGGCACAAGACAUACCGUACCGACAGCUGAAUGACGGCCACAAGAUUCCGAUCGUGGGUUAUGGCGCCGGACACGUGUCCGUUGAGACGGUAAGGGAGGCCCUGAACGACGGCUAUAGACAUAUCGAUACAGCGCUGAGCUAUAUGGGCGGCACCUCCGAGAAGGACAUCGGAAAGGUAUUGAAAGAGAUGUUCACAUCGGGUAAACUGAAACGAUCGGACGUUUACAUCACCAGUAAAUUGGAGAACGACUACCAUUCCCGUAGUAAAGUGCACGAUGGCAUCAAACAGUCACUGGCUAAUCUGGGACUCGACUACGUCGACCUAUACCUCGUCCACUACCCGGCCUCCAAUGUAGGAGACACUUGGGACGGCAUGAUUGAAGUCCUGAAGGCAAACCUCACCCGAUCUAUAGGUGUCUCCAACUUCAAUGAGAAACAGUUGGAGGAAGUGAUAGCCAAAGGUGUAGUUCCUGUCACUAAUCAAGUCAUAUGUAAUCCGUAUAUAAACCAGAAGAGUAUGUUGGCGUUUGGCAAUAAACAUAACAUAACUCUCACGGCGUGGUCACCAUUGGGUGGCCCGAGUUAUCCGGAUCUUCUCAAAGAUAAGAAACUCAUUGAAAUCGGCAAAAAACAUAACGUGAGUUCAGCUCAGGUAGCUCUCAAAUUUGGGGUACAGAGGGAUGUCAUUGUUAUCCCAAAUUCAGAAAACGCUAAAUAUAUCAAAGAAAACGUCAAUAUAUUUAACUUUAAAUUAUCGGACGAAGAGAUGAAAGAAAUAGAGGCUCUUAAUAGGGAUUAA